CGGCGUAUUAUCGCGACUGAAAACUGCAACACCAACGCUCGUCCUCUGCUGCUGUCAUUCUUCCACACAAAUAGACAACCAUAAACCGAGGAAUAAGGCUUUUAUAAGCCUUGGAAUUCUCCUCAAGUUCUGAUUCAAUAGCUGGGAUGCAUAAUUUCCCUCUAAAUUUUAGCUUGUUUAAUGGCAGGUAUUGGAAAUUUCACAGUAAAAAGGAAGAUAUAUUUAUUAGACAUAGAAGUGAAUUAAGCAACCGGCGAAGAUUAUUUACGCGGUCGUAAGAAUCUGCAAGGGAGGCUUAUUUUUAUUUAUUUUAUUUUUUUUACAUUUGAAGGUAAUAGAGAGCCGUUUGUUCUCGAAAUUGAGAGAUUUUUAAAGGGGCUUCUGUAGGAGACAUCGAGGUUAGGGGUUAUUCGGUUAUAACCCAAUAUUGGCUAGUUGUUUAUUAUUUAUACUUUUCUGUUUGUGCCGUUUAUUCUCCAAACUAAAGUGCUAAACAUUGUUUUGGUUUGCUGUAACGGCAGAAUAACUGGCCGAUGGUUGUUUAUCAAAGAGACUGACAUCUAGUGCCGGUAAAGAGUCAUUAUAGUUCUGUCAAUAUAUACAUAAUAAAGUUGAAUAAACCAUGAAGCUCCUGGAAAACUCAAGUUUUGAGGCCAUAAAUAGUCUGCUCACAAUUGAAACGGGAGACUGUAAGAUAAUUGGACGUAUUGAGAGCUACUCCUGUAAGAUGGCAGGUGAUGACAAGCAAAUGUUUAAGCAGUUUUGUCAGGAAGGGCAGCCGCACGUGCUGGAGGCUCUGUCUCCUCCGCAGAGCUCAGGAAUCAGCCCCAACAAACUGAGUCAGAGUUUGGAUGAUGGGGAGGGUCCGCUCUCUGACAAGUGCAGCAGAAAGACGCUCUUUUACCUGAUCGCCACUCUCAAUGAAUCCUUCCGGCCGGAUUACGACUUCAGUCGCACCAAAGGCCACGAUUUCAGCAAGGAGCCCAGUGUUAAUUGGGUGUUUAAUGCAGUGAACAGCAGUUUGUCUGCUGCUGUUGGUGAGGCCUACAGUCACCUACAGCCUCAGUUAUGGGAGGCCCUAGACAAGGAGAUCAGUCUUGCUGAAUGUGACAUAUACAGCUACAAUCCAGACCUGGAUUCAGACCCUUAUGGGGAAGAAGGCAACCUGUGGUCCUUCAACUACUUCUUUUAUAACAAAAGACUGAAGAGGAUUGUGUUCUUUACAUGCCGUUCUGUCAGUCUUUUCAUGGCUCCACGAGACUCUGGCAUCGGCACUGAACUGGAUCUGGAGUUGGAUGAGGGCAGCUAUGAGGAAGAGGAAGAGGGCAACAUGGAUGAAGAGAGGUAUGGUGCACUGUGUGCCUGAUGAAGCCCUCGUCCCUGUCAUCUGAAGCCAGCAUCUCUUGCCUGCGUUUUAAUGCCUGUUAUCCUUUUCUGUUUCUUGUGUGUUCAUUUUAUAUACUGUUGGUCAUUUCUUAGAAAUGGAGAGGUGUUGUAAUCCAGAGAUGUUCAAGUGCUAUUCAUUGCACUUUAACAUUUUCCUUUACUUUUCUGCGUACUUUCCAUUGCAUUAUUUUAAUUUUCCUCUGUGGUAAUGUGUUGUGAUAUUUUUAUGGUCAUAUUCUUAUCUAUAUAUUUUAUUUUUUCAUUUCCAAAGAGGUUAUUUUUCGUUGUAUCCGAGUGCAAGUUACCCAAACCUCAUUUAUGAAUUCAUGUUCAUUAUUUCCACUCGUUUUUAUGGCUCCAUGAACUUCACAGCAGUAUUUCCACUAGGUGGCAUCCUUCAACAUCUUUGUCACCUGACCUUUUUGAGAUGUCAUAGUUAACAUUUAAAUUUAAGUUUCCAUAUUUGUUAGGCCUACACAUGCUCAUAACUCAUAUUUCUGUUAUUAUAUCAGCAUCACAUUUUCCCAAUUUUUUUUCUCUAAUGAUUAUAAUAGAAGUUAAUAGAUGAGUGUAAUUUUGUUUUGUAGGACUUAAUACAUUUUCCUGCAACUUUCUUGCCUCAGGAAAAAUGAUAUUUAAAUAGAUAUCAGCGUAAACGUCACCUGGUAAAUUUAUUGGUGUCUUGACCUACAAGUCAACUUCCCUUUUUAGUUGCGCCCCCAAUGCUAAUAAAAAUGUGAAAGGAAAACCACGAUGGGUCUGUAAAGUUUAGUUUUUCUAAAGCUUUUAUUUGUUGUUACUGUUUCUAAUUUGGAUUUUGUAACAUUUGUGAGGCGUACUUCAGCUUUCUUCCAUGAAGACCUGUUUGUGGUGACUUGUUUUCAUUGUCUGACAACACAUUUGACUAAAAUUACUCUUUAUAUUCUUUGCUGAUGUGUUUUUAGCUAUAGAUCUAACAUGGUUCUGUGGAAGGAUAUUGAUAUCCAUAAACUUUGAUUGGGUGUCAGUGGCUGUUACUGAACUUUAUUGUCCCAUUUGACAUCGUAUAGCUUGAUAUUGAAAGAAUUUGAUCAGAUUGAGUGCUGUUGCUUAGUCUUUCUACUAUUCAGCAAGGUACACUUACUCAUGAUCUUACUCAUGAUGACCGCUAUAGGUCAUAUUGUCCACUGUUAUGUGUUGGAGGGCCUCUUGAAGAUCUGGCCAUAUGUGAAGUCGCAAUCUUACUUCAUUUCUUUUCUGUUUUAGAUUUGAUUCUGACCUAUCUAUGUUUGUAAUUUCGAGCACUUUUAUGUAUUACAGAGUUGUGCCAGUAUAAGAAAAGGAUAUAAGCAGAGAAAUGUAAGAUCACUUUUGGUGUUAAUUUCAUAGAUUAUUUCUACAAAUGUUUUUGGAGUAAUAGUCCUACGAAAACAAGGAUGAGCACCAUUGGAUGCAGAUUUAUGCAUUAAUGAUACAUUAACAUUUCCUUCUUGGCAGCUUAACAUAUUUUUAUGAAUAUCCUUUUAAAGAGCAUAUUUGUUAUUUUCAAAAUGCUGUGGCAAAUAAAUAUCUACUGAUUUAAUGUGCACUGAUUGUGAUUUUUACUUCAGAAAAACCUUGCUGGGAUUAAUACGUACUGCUGUUGUGAGAUUUUUGUGCUGAAUGCGAAUAUUUUAAUAUUAUUAAGCAGGUCACAUCUGAUAAUGAAUCAUUAAUAAGCAACAGAGUCUUGAUUUUUCAUUUUAAUUGUAUUGGCAACAACAAAAUACUUGUUUGUAGGCACAUCACCCCUUGAAACAACAACAAAUGUAGUGUCCACUUCUCACUAGUAACAAAAAGAUAUCUACAAAAGGACAAGUACUUUAACGAACAAAGCAUUGCAUGCAGGCAUCACAAACGAUAACGUAUGUAAAGCCUUUGUUUCACUCAACAGGCACACCUCUAAACCAUUAUAUGGACGUUUCCUGUAGCGCAUGAUGUGCCCCACAUCCCUUCAGGGGUAAACCUGCUCUGCAGCACAAAUACAUAGUUUAACAGACGGAAAGACAUUUACAAAAGAGAAUCGCAGAAAACACAGAAUCCUUUUGAAUUCUUAACAUGAAAAGGAAAUAUGAGCACUUGUGCUGACCCGCUGCAGAUACACACGCUUGGACUGGUGGGGGGGGGGAACUCAAAUCUUUGGUACUUUAACAAGUCCAACAA